AUGACCAGGCUGCGGAGUGCGCUCGCCCAGACUGUCUGUGUGCUGAUGCUGGCGUCCACCGCCGUCCUUUGGUACCUCUCGAGGGAGCGACCCAUUGAGACUGCCCGGCCGCGCCCCACCGGUCUGCUGGUCAACUCCAGCGUCUGCCAGCUGCCCGAGUUCCAUCCGUGGGACCCCACGGUGCUGGAGGUGCUGCGGGAGGAGCGGCCGCUGACGCCGUGCUCGGGAGACUCCCCGGUCCGACUGACGCAGCUCGGCAGGACACUGACCAUGGAUGUGCACCGGGACAGGCUGCGCGCCGGCUGCCGGCUCGACUGCUGUCUGAGGAGCGUCUGCCGCGAGCAGGACGGACACUCGGACGACCAGUUCCGUCUGGGGGAGCAGGAGGUCUGCUUCAGGGGCCGCACAGCGCUCUCCGUCAGCGAGCAGUUUGUGAAGGUCACCUGCGCCUGCUCCGACGAGCCGGACGUGGCCAUAUUCGAAGAUUUCAGGGCGUUCUUCAUUCCGGAGGUGGAUAGACUGCGCUCGCAGCAGCGCGUCAGUGUCAGUGAUGUUCAACAGCUCAGCGUUUACCUGGUGGGCAUAGACUCCGUCUCGACGCUCAACUUCAGGCGAUUCCUGCCAAAGGUGCGCGAGGUGCUUGAAACAGACCUGCAGGCGGUGCCGAUGCUGGGAUUGACAAAGGUCGGUGCGAACACCUUGCCAAAUCUGGUGGCCCUUCUGACCGGGCUGAGGCUGGACCAGUUGAACCAAUCUCUGCGCGAAGAGCCCUAUGAUCAUCAGCCCCUUAUCUGGAAGCAUUUCUCUUCCCUCAACUACCUCACAAUGUACACUGAGGACAUGUCUAAUAUGGCAACAUUCAACUUUCACCGGAGAGGAUUCCUUACACAGCCCACCGACAUCUACCUGCGCCCUCUGCACCUGGCCAGCGAGCAAUCGCGACUGGCGCAGCGCCGAGGGGACCACUGCGUCGGCCACCGACUGACCUUCGAGCUGCAGCUGCAGCUGCUGCAGGACCUGAUGGCCGCGCCGGAUCCCUCCUCGCCGCACUUCGCGCUGGUCUUCAGCAACGCGCCGAGUCACGCGGGCCCUCUGAGUCACAUCGGAGCGCUGCAGCCGAGCCUGCUGGAGUUCCUGCGGACGUACCGCACCUCCAGCCGCCACAACGCGUCCGUGCUCAUCCUGUUCAGUGACCACGGGAUGCGCUUCGGACCCGUCAUGCGCACAGAGCUGGGCGGCUACGAGUCGCGGAUGCCGCUCCUCUACGUGGUCCUGCCUCCCUGGUAUGAGCGGCAGUACCCGCGGAGGGUCGCCAGCCUACGCGGCAACUCCCGCCGGCUCACUACAUUCUUCGACGUGCACGCCACGCUGCGUCAGCUCCUGGCGGACGCCGGCGCCUCAUUGCCCAGCGUCCCCAGCCCCGGUCUCAGCCUGUUCGCGCCCGUACCGGAGCAGCGCUCCUGCCGGGACGCCGGCAUCGACCCGGCCUGGUGCACGUGCCGGAGGCAUGUGGCGCUUCCCGCGGACCAUGCGGUGGUUGUGCGCGCCGCAGUGGCCGCGGUGCGACACAUCGACACGGUGCUGCUGCGCGCCGCCCGGGACCGCUGCGCCCGGCUGGGCCUGCGGCGCGUGCUGUCCGCUCUGCUGACCGUCUCAGAGGGCGGCGGCCCGGUCCAGGACACCGAGUACUCCCUGCGCGGCUUUGACGAACUCUCCGUGCAGGUGGUGACAGCGCCCGGCGGCGCCGAGUUCGAGGCCACCGUGCGCUGCUACAGCGGACCUGGUGACCGAGAGCGCGGCACGGCCGGAGGCCAGGCACUGGCGGCCCGCUGCCGGCCGGAGCACAGGCUCGAGGUGCUGGAGGUCACCCGGCUGAACCUCUACCGCGGCCAGAGCGACUGCCUGACCCACCACCACGACGAGAGGAGGUACUGCUACUGUACAGAUCUGCUGUGA